AUGUUUGUGCUCUCACAUGUCGAGCACAAGCGAUCUGUCAGACCUUCGGUGUUGCUGAAUGUGUACCUUUUUUUCUCAGUACUCUUCGAUGCUGUCCAACUACGGAGCUUGGUCCUUUCAGAAGGAAGCUCUCUGGUAUCGAGAUUCUUUGCAGCCAAUAUAGGAAUGAAGGUUGUUUUGCUCGUUCUGGAGGCCUGGGAGAAGAGGAAGUCUUCGGUCGACGCCUAUGCCAAUCUACCUGUGGAGUCAACCAUCGGGAUUUUCAACAGAAGCUUUUUUUGGUGGCUUAAUGCGACAUUGCUGCAAGGUUCAAGAGUCUCUUUAAGUCCAGAGGACUUGCAAAAGAUCGAUACUGCACUGGAGCCACGAGCAUGGGCCAAAACACUCCAAGAAGCAUGGAUCAGGCAUUCUAUUCCAAAUGCCAGCCGUCGAGCUUUGGUCUGGGCAUCAAUAAAAGCAUUCCGUAAGCCAUUAGCCGCGAUGGCCUUCCCACGGAUUUGUCUCAUCGGGCUUAAUUUUGCCCAACCGUUCCUUAUAUCUCGAUUGUUGAAUCUGCUCAGGGAUCCUGACAGCAUAAAAAAUCACAACAUAGGCUAUGGUUUGAUCGGUGCUGCUGGGGCAAUCUAUCUUGGCAUCGCAGUUCUUAAUGGCUGGUACAAGCACCAACUGUUCCGCUGCAUAACCUCAUUCCGCGGCGCCAUGAUUGCUUUCAUCUUCGAUCGGGCAUUGCAUCUUCCUGAUGGGGCCUACAACGAGUCGAAGGCUGUCAGUUUGAUGGGUACGGAUACUGACAGGAUCUGUGUGAGCAUCGAGCGUGUACACGAGGUCUGGGCACAAUUACUUGAGGUGUUGAUCGGAGUAAGCCUCCUUGGACUUCAGCUUGGGUGGAUAUGUGUGCUGCCUGUGGCUAUAGUGCUAGGUUCCACGGUCUUAAGUUCUAAAGUUGCUACAAUUGUACCAGCGAAGCAGAAGAUUUGGGCUGCUGCUGUGCAGAAGCGAAUCGCAAUCACAACAUCCGCCAUUGGAUCCAUGAAGACAAUUCGAAUGACUGGUCUGACUCGGGCUGUCACCAGAAUCCUAGUGGAGCAGAGAACUCGGGAACUCAGGCUCAUGGCGGGGUUCAGAUGGGUGAGUUUGUGGCUUAACUCAAUAGCCAAUAUCCCGACCGCCUUUUGCGCCACUGUGACUUUUACGGCAUACGUUGUUCAGGCCCACAUCCAAGGACGCGAGGGUCUGGAUGUUACCCGAGCAUUUACGAGUAUGGCACUGAUCAAUCUGGUUGCGGUGCCGGCAGGCCGCUUUCUUACUGCUUUCCCAGUUCUGACUGCUUCGCUCGGCUGCUUUGAACGUAUACAGGAAUAUAUGCUCGCACCAAGUAGACUGGACUCAAGAAUCCUGUCACAGACGAUGGAAAAUGCAGUCGAGCUCGAUAGUGUAAAGUUUGCGACCAACACUGAUACUAGAACCAGGCCUGCCAAUAUCACACUGAGCCUCCGUCGUGGAGCAUUGACUAUCAUAACAGGUCCGGUUGGUGCGGGAAAAACAACACUGGCCAGAGCAUUGUUGGGUGAAAUAGCUUGUGAAGCGGGCACAAUUUGUGUAUACACCACUAAGGUUGGAUACUGUGCCCAGACACCAUGGCUUCUGAACCUGAGCAUUCGCCAAAAUAUUUGUGGGAGACGGACCAGUGGUCUCUUUGACGACGACUGGUAUCAAACUGUCCUGCAAGCUUGUGCCUUAGAUGUGGACAUGAAACACUUAACCGAAGGUGAUGAGACCAUGGUUGGAAGCAAGGGCACGAAGUUAAGCGGAGGUCAGCGGCACCGUGUCGCCCUUGCGAGAUGUGUCUUCGCACGUCCAGAAAUCGUGGUACUAGACGAUGUUUUCAGUGCGCUUGACAGCGAAACCGAGCAAAUCGUCACGGAACGUCUGCUGGGGCCGUGGGGACUGCUUCGUCGGUUAAACAGUACAAUCAUACUCAUUUCACACUCAGUCCACCAUUUCCGAAUGGCAGACCAAAUGGUAGUCUUCGGACAAGAUGGCUCGAUAAAGCAUUGCGGCUCUAACGUUCAAGUAGCAGAUGUCUAUGCUGUCAUGGAGAGACCGGUCUCACAGUCCAUCAGCCGACAAGUUGAGGGUGAUUUCUCUGGAGCCACCUCCCAGAAUCGCAAUACCUCUGAGAAGAGCAGGGAAAAGGUCUCAAUAACCUCAGGGUCGACAGGCUCAACCAGUAAAUCCUCUACCUACCGCUACUAUGCAAAUUCCGUAGGCUGGCGAAAGGGCAGCAUAUAUGUCCUCUUUCAAGCUGCACAUAUCAUCACCGUCUCGGUUCCUCAGGUGUGGCUUAUGUGGUGGACCACAGCUGGAAGUGGGAGGCUUGCAAUGUUUCUGCCCAUCUACCUUUCGUUCUCUUUUCUCCAGCUAUUCAAUCAAGGAGUAGCUAUAUGGUCAAUUCUUGUUUGGAUCGCUGCAUCGACAGCUAGAAGCCUUCACUGGGUGUUGCUAAGGACCACGAUUGAGGCCAGGCAAGCUUUCUUCGCAUCAACCGAUCUAGGGGAAAUAAUCAACAGAUUCAGCCAGGAUCUUACCCUUGUAGAGCAGGCUCUACCUCAGGCAGUCAUGAUGACGGUUGGCAUGUUUUUCAUGCUGUGUGGUCAGUUGGCUUUGAUCUCACUGGGCUCUUCUUAUGUUGCGGCAACACUUCCCUGCUUACUCAUUGCUGUCUACUUUGUCCAAUCUUUCUAUCUCCGCACAUCACGCCAACUAAGAAUUCUGGAAUUGGAAGCCAAGAGUCCCGUCUACUCACACUUCAUGGAAACCUUGGAUGGCUUGACGACUAUCAGAGCUUUUGGCUGGCUGGAAGAGUCCAAAGCCAUCAUUUUUUCCAGGAUCGAAGAGGCGCAGACUCCGUACUACCUACUAUUAUGUAUACAGCGAUGGCUCAACUUAGUCCUUGAUUUGAUCGUUGCGGCUUUGGCUGUUAUCGUUGUCGCUCAUGCAGUCAGCCUUCGCUCAUCAACGAGCGCCGGGCGCUUAGGAGUAUCACUCAAUAAUGUGCUUGGUACAAGCACUAUUCUAUCGUACCUCAUCAAUGCAUGGACUCAACUCGAAACUUCUCUUGGGGCGGUUGUACGAAUAAAAAAUUUCGAAUCCGACAUUGUGCCUGAAGCACGUCCUGAUGAGAACCAUGUUCCGCCACAAUCGUGGCCUCAAUGUGGACAAGUGGACAUUGAAUCUGUUUGCGCGACAUACAAGGAAGGCCCCUUUGCUUUGGAGGCGAUCACGAUGAAGAUUGAACCCGGCCAGAAGAUCGGAAUAGGUGGAAGAACUGGGAGCGGCAAGUCGUCGCUUGUAUCUGCCCUACUGCGUUUGCUAGAUCUCCACACUGGGUCCAUCAUCAUCGAUGGAGUUGACAUCAGCUCUGUCCCACGAUCGUUCAUUCGUGAUCGGAUUAUUGCCGUUCCACAAGAAGUGUUUCUGCUGACUGGUUCUGUUCGAUUGAAUCUCGACCCCGACUCACUACAGGAAGACGAGAAGCUAAUAGAGAUACUCAAGAGAAUAGAUCUUUGGAGAGUGAUAGAGAGUCGUGGAGGCUCGAUUGUGAUAUCAACGCAAACCCCCUUUCGCAAGGGCAGCUGCAGAUUCUAA